UUUAGAAUUUGGUUAUUUAAAAGUUGAAAAAGAUCAAAUUUGUUUUGAACAUUAUAUAAAAAUUAUUAAUUUUAUUCAAGAUUUAAAAUCUAAUAAUGAAUUCUUAAAAGAUUAUAUAGAUUUAGCAGAUAUUAUUGAAACAAGCAAAUUUAUUCCAAAUAGUUCUAAUAUUCCAAUUAAUUAUUUAAAAUUUUUUGAAGAUCAACAAGUUACAAAUUUAACAACUAAUAAUUUUUCAAAUAUAAAGUUAAAAAUUGUUGAAAAUGGUAUAUUUUUUGAUAAAACAAAUUUUAACAAAUUAAUUAAUAUAAUUGUUAAUCAAAAAAUUGAAGAUAAUAAUAAUAAUUCAACUCAAAUAUAUCCUAAUUGUUUUAAACAAUUAAUUGAAGCAGAAGAAUCUCAAUUAAUUGGAUUUUUAGAUGAAAUGACAAAUGCACUUGUUUCUAAAAGAAGAACUGAAAAAAAUAUUAAAAAAACUUAA